UCUCUAGUGGAACGUGUAAAUUUGGACGUGUAUAUCUUCAUAUACACGUCCAUAUACACCUUGGUAAAUUUUACACGUCCCAGUUUUUCAGUGGAACGUGUAUACAGGACGUGGAAAUCAGGACGUGUAUAUUUCAACGGCUAUAUUUUCAAACGGCUAUAUUUCCAACGGCUAUAUUUUCAAACGGCUAUAUUUCCAACGGCCAUAUUUCUGAUCUAUAUAAACCACCCCUAUCACCUUUCUUCCAGCACACUUCUACCUGUGACUUCUCUUCUCACCUAGAUUUCUCUAUCGUCUCUCACGCAACACAAUGAACACAUCCACUUGGGACAUGAGUUCUUCGUCAUCUUCAUCUGGCGACGAUGAACUCAUACUUGCAGCAUUCGCCGAGCGCGAGGAGGAAGAGAGGAAGAACGCUCGACGCCAUGGCGGUUCCAAGCAUGGACGUCAAUCAAUCGAUCGAGGAAGAGAUGCCGGAUUUCUUCUUCUCUGGAACGACUACUUCAAAGAAGUUCCUCGCUUUCCCGAACAUUUGUUUCGACGAAGAUUUAGGAUGUCGCGUACUUUGUUCAACCGCAUAGCUGAUGGUAUACUUGAGCAUGACUAUGAUGGUUAUUUUACGCAAAAAAGAAGUGCUUCUGGAGCUCUUGGGUUACAUCCUCUACAAAAGAUGACCGCGGCAAUGCGGAUCCUCACAUAUGGAAUAGCAGCUGAUGGUGUUGAUGAGUACAUUCGGUCCGCUGAGGCUACUAAUUUAGAGUCUUGCAAGAAAUUUGUAAUCAAAGUUUGUGAAGUUUUUGGGGAAGAGUACCUGAGAUCUCCAAAUGAAGAAGACAUAGCUAGGUUACUUGCAAUAGGGGAGGAAAGAGGAUUUCCCGGUAUGUUAGGGAGCAUAGAUUGCAUGCACUGGGGGUGGAAAAAUUGCCCCAAAAAAUGGCAUGGCAUGUUUAGAGGCCAUGUGAACGAGCCCACUAUGAUCUUGGAAGCAGUUGCUUCACAAGAUCUUUGGAUUUGGCAUGCUUAUUUUGGUUUACCAGGGUCUCUGAAUGAUAUAAAUGUUCUUCAACGUUCUCCUGUUUUUACGAAGCUAGCCGAAGGCCACACUCCUCCAGUGAAUUAUAGCAUCAAUGGCCGUCAGUACACAAUGGGGUAUUAUCUUGCAGAUGGUAUCUAUCCACGGUGGGCAACAUUUGUGAAGAGCAUACCAGCUCCAACUAGCAGAAAGCAUAAAACUUUUGCCAAGAAGCAAGAGGGGGCUAGGAAAGAUGUGGAACGAGCCUUUGGAGUUCUGCAAUCCCGUUUUGCCAUUGUUCGUGGACCUGCUAAAGGAUGGAAACGUAAAGAAAUCAGUGAUGUAAUGAAAGCUUGUGUCAUAAUGCACAAUAUGAUAGUAGAAGAGGAGCGACAAACUGGUCGACAAAGUUGCACUUUUGACGCAAUGGGAGAAAGAGUCACAGUCUCUCGUACUCAUGCAGAAGAACUGAGCUCGUUUAUUCAGAUGACUCAACGGAUUAGAAAUUUCAAUGAACAUGAUCAGCUUAAACUUGAUCUAAUUGACCAUGUGUGGCAAAAGUUUGGAAACGAGUGAUGUCCUAGUUAUAAGUUUGUAAUCCAUGUCUUUGUAAUGCAGCUAUCAAUAAAGUUGAGUGAUGUAAUCCA